AUGAAGAUAAAUGCCACCAGCCCUGUGGAUAAAGAGGCGAAUUCAACGUCAUCUGCAAUGUUCUUGUCAUCAGAGGAUAUUUGUGCCCAGCUUUUCGACCCUGUGCCAUUAGAGCAAUUGCUUGCUUGCAGCAGCCCAUACACACCCACACAAGCAAUUUUUGUCGGACUUCUUCUUGGCCUACUUGCCUUAGGGACUGCAAUUGGCAACCUUCUCAUUAUUUUAGCUGUCCUGCUGGUUCGGCGAUUGCGCACUCCGGGUAAUCUACUCAUUUUGAAUCUGGCAUUGUCUGAUUUUCUUGUUAGUGUGUUAGUGCUACCAUUCGCAAUUAUCUACCAGCUAGAAGGAUUUUGGCGCCUAGAUCAAUCUGUAUGCACUCUAUAUAUCCUUGCUGACGUUCUCCUCUGCACUUCGUCUAUACUUGGUCUGUGUGCCAUAUCCAUAGACCGAUUUAUGGCUAUCAACAGCCCACUGGACUAUCCACGGAGAAGAACCACUUGCAAGAUGAUUCUGAUGAUACUACUUUGUUGGACAGUAUCGGCUUUAAUAUCAGUUACACCACUUUUCGGAUGGGAUAGGCCUGAUUUUGGCUACCAGUGUGCCUACAACAACGAGCCAACCUACCAGUUUUAUGCGAUAUUUUCAGCUUUUUUUCUCCCACUAUCUGUAAUGCUCAUUCUGUAUGGUCGCAUCUUCUUAGUGGCACGGAGAAUGGCUCACAAGGACGCCAAACAAAGCAGUAAAUGGAAUUCGCCUACCCCAGUUAAUUUUUCCGUUGGUAUGGCUGGUCCAUUUGAGGAGUCUGUUUGGCAAAUAAAAAAUUAUGAAAUAAGUAAGAAUAUCAACAACUUAGAAGAGGAAGAAGUUCUUGUGCAAAGCAUAGGCCAUAAGAAUGUAGACAUUUGGGGCUUUUCAAAUGGUAGCCAUGCCAAUCAUUUGCUUCCCGGAAAGCUUUUUCUUCUCGAUAGUGCUCGCUUUAACAGAUGGUUGAGGCGGAAGACCUGGUGUCCAGUACGCAUAGUCCAGUUUAAGGCCAGUCCAAUUACACAGUAUGAAUCAAGUUCCGGAAUGUCGCCGGUCAUGGGUUCCUCGUCCUCGACUAAGUCUCACAACACUCUGUCGAACAAGGAAAUUAGAACGAAUGCGGCCAGAUCAAAAGACGGCAAGGUGCAGCAAAAGAAUUCUUUAACUAUGAAAGACCAUUCCCCAGACGCAGUCGAAAUGCCUACUGUACUUGGUCUGGGCAGACGCCACUCAAAGCAGACAAUGCUACGGUUGAGUAAAGAAGAGAUAUUGUUUAAUGGCAACCAGUAUAAUGGAGAAGUGUCAGAAUGUGAGGCAGAAUCCAAGUCCAAUCCAAUGACGAUCAGAGAUAUGCAGACCACGCCGGAUGAGCAAGGAGCGAAUUCAAAUUGGAAGCCUGCAUCAGAGAAAAGCAAUGUGUUCAGAUCCUCUGAAAGUGACUCUCAUAAUAAAGCAGUGCUAACACUGGGUGUCAUCAUGGGAUGCUUUACUAUCUGCUGGCUGCCGUUUUUCACCACUCAGGUAGCUUUACCUUUUCUUUCGUCUUAUAGGAAUAACUUUGUAAUAUCUUAUUUAAAAAAUCUAAUGCCCUAUUUCAAUUUUUGUUUAAACGUCAUAGUACAAAAUAUAGAUUAA